AUGAAGUCCACCAACCGUUUUGAGAUUCUGGCUUAUCUGACUGACGAUAACAAGCUUAAAUGUCCCACUUUGGCGAAUUGCUUGGAGAUAUUUCGAAAUAAACUUGCAGAUCAUCUCGUAGAUUAUGUAGAUGUUCAAGGAGUCGAGAUAGUCGGCCAUAAACUACUGAUCUACAUCCAGUCAUCAAAUAAAGAGCUACAACUUGCGAUCAAUAAGUGGGAAUUGGGAAACGCAUGGUUUAAGCUUUACGGGUUUCCAAUGUCAAACGGUCAGCCCUUUUUUGUUCUGAGCAUCAACUUUCACGGAAGUAUGGAAUAUUUGAAAAGAUGUCAGACAAAGAAUUCCAAGAUGCGCGGUGAGUACUUUGGUUUACUCGAGAUGAGUCUAAUUUGCUUGACUAAAGACGAAAAGAAGAAGGAGUAUAUCUGUAUUCGUCUGGAUUUGAAUGAUGAGAAAAAUGUGGCUAUCCCAACAUUUUUGCCAAAACGGCUCGUAAAUGGGGGCGAAAAACUGAGACCAAAUGCAAGGGAAAUCCCGUUUGAAAACUCCAAUCCCAAAUUUAAAGUUUCCGGUUUAUGGGAUGGAAAGAUGGCAUCGAUUAAAAUUUGGAACCAAAUGCAGCCAAAUAUCGUUGCCAAAUACUCGCGCAUCGUGCCAAAGAAGCCUGGUAUUCGACUUUUGCACGGCUUGUGGUCGAACCUGGAAGUGAAUCCAAGAUUGGCUAGAGUGAAUAUCCCUCCCAAUUGCUCUGAAAAGUUUAAGAUCAUCUAUCGUGGUUUUCGAGCAAAGAAGCUCUUGGAGCAAAUUGCCAAUAAUCGAGAAGUCUACUCCUGGUUAACUCUUCGUUUGACGAAAGAGGUGGAUCUCCAUUUUUUUCUGAAAUGGAGUGAAACCGAAGGGCGAUUGGUUCCGCAGUUGACAUACAAGAAACCAGGAGUGGACGCGAUCGACCGAGAAACCAAGAGAGAACACGAAGAAAGAGACAACUGUGCAAUGACAUUGUAUGCUGGGGCGGCUCCCAGCUACAACCCGAAUCUCUAUACAAUCGACAGUGUCAGUCGCGCAAACUAUCCCUGGCCAACUCUUUCCGCUGCCUCGUACACAUUUUUUGUCAAUACCAGCUGUGCGGCCACUUUUUCCUUGAUCAACUAUGUCCCAGGCACUCGCAGCUUCACACAAGCAUUUGGCACGCAAAGCUUCAUAGUCAGUUGUGACUAUCCGGGAUUGAAGUACAGUCGAAAAGAAGCCGUCAAACCGUUUCAGCUCACGUUUGAUACCACCGAUCCAAGCACUUAUUCGAUCCGAACAACUUACGUGCAAGUCAACGCUGGAACGGGCGGAUCUCUGGGGGUGCAGGUUCUCGAAAAAGGAAAUGUGACCAGCGAUUGGAAUAGCACCUCAACUUCCCCUGCUCCUCCCGAUGGAAUCGGGCAUAGUUUGAAGGUAAACUGGGUGCCUGGUGGUGAUGAGAGAAAAGGAUUUUUGUGGAAAUGGAUAUAUGGUCAACCGAUGAUUUAUUACAUGUCUGCUGCUCAUGAUCCAGUCAUUUUCGAUGUACGGAACGAUCCAUUUUCUAACAGAAUCGUCACCGGUUCAACUAUUCAAGUGAAUGUGAAGAUAAUCAAUUUCGUUCAAGAGAUCUAUUUCUACAAUGGAAAACAAAAUGUCAGUCUAUCCACAUUAGCGAAAGGACCGCAAGUGUUCCAGGAUUCCGUCCAGAUCACACCGAACACCGACAACUUGCCCCAGACUCAAUACAUCGCUGCUUUUACGAGUUACAUGAAUCAAUCCGAUUAUCCGGGUCUGACCGAUUAUACUCUGUUGGAUGUGGCUCAAAACGGAACAACCAAUAUCACGAUUUCAUCAAAGAACAACACCCAAGCGCCCACUUUCACCAGGCUUUCCUAUCUCCCCAUGUUUCUUGGAAAUGUUACAGUGACUGGUGAUGACACCUGCAAUGUCGAGUUGUUCGUCUCGGGAAUCCCGCCACCAUCGAUCCGCGAUAGAAUGAAGCUCUUCAAUUUCAACCCAUCCUCGACAACUUCAAAAACAUUUAUCCGAUCAGCUAUCCGGUCUGCCUCGGCCACUUUCAUUGUGCCACCAAAUUGCGCCUUUUCAGCCGAUAUUGCUCGAAUGAGUGAUACAAUCGAAAACUUGCCCAUUGGUUCUGUCGGCUUCCUGAUGAGUCCUGAGUAUCCGGGAGUGUACGAAAACUCGCAAGGCUAUAUGGGCUACACUCGUCAAAAUAGUGAAACUCAUUUCUGUAAACCAAGUGCUAGUAUCGAGGCAAAGAUUUUCAAUGCAAAUAUGGGUUUCUAUGCGAACACGAAAGGAGUUUUGAAUGUCACAAUUACGGGAACAAAAGGGGCAAAUUCCCUCAUUAUUGAUAGUGACUCUCCAUCAGGAAAUCGUUUGGUCGCCGAUGGAAACGCUUUGCAAUUGCACCAGAAGAUGACCGCUCCUCGGAUGUGGCUAUGGCGUCCACAUAUGAAAGUUCACUCUCCUGUUUUGGAGAGAAACUACCGCUGUUGUUGCAGCUUCUGCAACUCAGUGUGCGGCUUCAAAGCAUUCAACUACGUGAUGGUGUUCGUCUUGGCGAUCACCUGGCCGCUCUAUCUCAUCGGAGCUGCGAGACUUGAGGGAAAGCAGUGGUGGUCGUUGACCUUAUCGACUGGAACGACCAUUCUUGGAUUGAUCUGCGCCCGCACUCUUCGCCCGUUCUACAUGCAACUCUAUGUCGUCUAUGCGGCUAUCACUAUCACAAUGAACAUCCUCGGCUGUUCUGUUGUCCUUUUCUUCACCAGCGUUGGGUAUUUCGCUUAUCAAGACCCCGAGAUGAAAGCCGAGAUUCGUCGCACUCUCGCCGACGAGAUCGGUCCCGAUAUGAACAUCAAUCCCGAUAUGUACCUGCGAAUGGGAGAGUAUAUGCUUUUGUUGAUCAUCUUCAUGAUCUUUGCUCUUCUCUUCUUCGUCUGGCAACUCCAACUCGCCUUCAGCUUCUACUUCUACGUUCGUGACCGUCAAUUGGAGAUCGAGGAGCGUGAGUCGGGAGUUGUUCGCCCAGUCGCCGCCAUCCCAGCCCCACUCGUCAACAAAGCGAAAGAUCUCGAGAAGCAAGAUCCAUCUGUCUUCAUGCCUCUCAAUCCACCCGCCUACGAGGAGGCU